UAAACCACGCAAAGGAAAUCGGGAAGGCAAACAAACAGAGCAUAUAAUUAGCUUUACAACUGGUGAGUUGUGAACAAAAUUCUUUACCAUACCAGGAUUUGGAAGAUGGCAAACGUUCCCCAAGUGCUCCUUAGCUCCGGAUACCAUGUGCCUCUGGUGGGUAUGGGGACGGCUGGUUAUCACUUGGAUGCCUCUGAAUCAUCCAAGUUGCCGAUACUCGGAGCAAUCGAGAUUGGUUACAGACACUUUGACACUGCGGCCGUUUACCAGAGCGAACAGCAUCUGGGUAAAGCAAUAGCCGAAGCCCUUCGCCUUGGUCUCAUCAAAUCUCGGGAUGAACUCUUUAUCACCUCCAAACUAUGGUGCAGCGAUGCGCAUCCUCAUCUUGUCCUCCCAGCUCUUCGCACAACUCUACGGAAUCUACAGUUGGAGUAUCUUGACCUCUAUCUCAUACACCAUCCAGUAAGCUCCACACCGGGGAGAUACGAUUUUCCAAUUAAGGAGGAGCUUCUUCCCAUGGAUUUCAAAUCUGUCUGGGCAGCCAUGGAAGAGUGCCAAAGGCUUGGCCUCACAAAGUCAAUCGGAGUUAGCAACUUCUCCUGCAAGAAGCUUGAAAGUUUGCUCGCGGUAGCGAAGAUCCCUCCUGCUGUCAAUCAAGUGGAGAUGAACCCACUUUGGCAACAGAAGAAGCUGAGAGAUUUCUGCAAAGACAAAGGGAUACUUGUGGUCGCUUUCUCUCCUCUGGGAGCCCAAGGAACCGCUUGGGGCAGUAAUCGAGUAAUGGACUGUGAGUUGCUCCAUGAGAUUGCCGAGGCAAGAGGGAAGUCUGUUGCUCAGGUCUGUCUGAGAUGGGUAUACGAGCAAGGGGUGGGUUUGCUGGUGAAAAGCUGCAGCGAGAGGAGGCUGGAGGAGAACCUGGAUAUAUUCAACUGGGCGUUGAGUGAGGAGGAAUCUGAGAAGAUCGGUCAGAUCCCACAGCGUAGGGGACUCAGUGGGGAAGUCUUUGUCUCAGAGAACGGGCCCUUCAAUUCCGUCGAGGACUUCUGGGAUGGCGAGGUGUAAACACUAAACAGACAGAGCGUACAUAGUAAAUGAUCAUUCCACGUCACCAUUAAUGCAGAUGCAGUUUGAAUGGUCAGGCUGAUCCCUACAUGUGAUGAACUUUAUCAUGAUCUAAUAAUUAUUAAGACUA